GUACCCGUCUGCCGGGAUGAAUGCUCAGCCCCUCGUAACCCAGCCUAGAAGCCCUCGGAGUCUCGCACCCUUGGUCUCUGAAAGUAAGAAGUAAUUCAAAUGUCUGGAGCCUCCUCUAUUUGCCAAUAUUUGCAACCAUUCUCAAGAGUCUCUCGUUUUCGCAUUUUCUCCCCCUUGGCUCCAGAUCUAGAAUAUCCAGGAACGGCUCUAGUGCCUCUCUAGUCUGCCGGCUAACAUCACCUCACAUCUCCCCGCCGCGCUGCCGAAGCCAAAAUCGACGUCAUUGAUCGGAUAUUUUAAUCCACUCCACUCUGUUGAGACGACGAGCCUGCGGUUUUGCGUGGUGGUAAGAGUCUACCUAGUCUAGCUUUUUGGGUUGACGCGGGCGAGGACUUCCUGUGCCUCUGGAUAUUAUUGUCGAACCUUCCUCUCUCUGGUCGAACCUCGUAACAUUCGUUUGUGGUGGACUUUUGUUUGUUUGGAGUCCCGCUCCAUUUGGGAGAAUUGAUCCCUCUCGCUGGUAUUCCCUACUUGAGUAUACAUCCUCACAGCAAUGCUCUUCUCAAGCGUCCUUCGGUAUGGCUUGCUGUUCGCUCUUGCAGCAUCCCAAGAUGUGCUCACAUUGAGUGGGACAUCUGAGGGUACAGUUUCAGCAGCUCUCCCGACUGGAACAUACAUCUCAUAUUCUUCGACCUUGACCAGACCUUCAACAUCAGCCAUUACCACAUCUGCCAUUGUCACAACAAUAAGCAGCGGGUCUACCAUUCGAACAACAACCCUGGGCUCAACAACACUAUUUGGCGUAGGCACAAGCAUAAUAACUGCUAACAAUGAAACCGCCAACGCAACGUCCACGAGCGAAGACUCCCAACUCUUACUCACUGGACGACCGCAAACAACUCUCUCCGUAAAUGGGACCAUGAAUGGCACAGCGACUGCAACGACUUCGACUGCCCCUCAGCCUACAAACACCACACCCUGUAACAACUACGUCGAGUUCUGUGGCCGAAGUUAUGGAAAUAUUACAGAGGUAGCUGCACACAAUUCACCAUUUGUUAGGCCUGGAAAUGCAGCAGCAAACCAAGCUUUGGAUGUGACUACACAGUUGAACGAUGGAAUUCGUCUGUUACAGGGACAAAUGCACUUCGUAGGAGAAGUUCCACAUUUCUGCCAUGGCUCCUGCGAUGUCCUCGACGCAGGCCCUAUCACAGAGUACCUUUCAACAGUCUACGAUUGGGUGCAUUCGCACCCAUACGACGUAAUCACCAUCCUCCUCGGAAAUGGUGCCUACAACGCCGUAACCACCUACCAGCCCUUCAUCGAACAAACCAACCUCCACAACUACGCCUACGUACCCCCAAAGAUACCUAUGGGACUCAACGAUUGGCCCACCCUCGCCUCCAUGAUCUUGCAAGGGAAGCGCGUGGUCUUCUUUAUGGACUACGAAGCAAACCAAACCGCCAUCCCAUGGAUGCUGGACGAGUUCUCACAGAUGUGGGAGACGCCGUUUGAUCCCGUCGACCGCAACUUCCCCUGUACUGUCCAACGACCACCGGAUCUUCCCGAGGAUCAAGCCAAGAACCGUUUGUAUCUCAUGAACCACAAUCUAAAUUACGACAUCAAUCUCCUCGGAAACUCUAUCCUGGUUCCUAAUAUCCCGCUUUUGAACGUCACGAACAACGUUACCGGGUUUGGGAGUUUGGGGAGUGGAGCUGAGAACUGCAAUUCCAGCUGGGGAUUCCCGCCGAAGUUCUUGAAUGUUGAUUACUAUAACGUGGGGAAUGGGUCCGUGUUUGAGGUUGCAGCGAAGUUCAACAACGUGACGUAUACGAGGGAGUGCUGUGGAUUGCCUGUUAGUGCUGCGACGGGAAUGUAUGAGAGGACGACGUGGUUGGCGAUGGUUUGUGCAGUGGCUGCGGGUUUGUUGAUGCUGUGAUGAAUACCAUGAGUGGUAAAGACAAACCACAUUACUGUUAAAAUUGCUUUUUGGAAUAGAGCAUGGUUGGAUUGGUGCAUUGGCAAAGGCGUUUUGGAGAUAGCAGGUUUGUAUUUUUGGGUGGAGGGUUGUAUAAAUUUCAGCUGUAUAUGAUAAUGUCUUCACAUAGCACUCCACUAAGGACCCUACGUUCCGUGUGUGUUUGGAAACUCUCCGUUUUCGCGCUAAGAAUCUGAUUACAGAAGUGCCUGCAUACGUUGAAUGCUGAGUGGCAACUAUCUUCUAGGCACUACAUUCUUUUUUCGAUUCUGCAAGAACUGCUGCUCAAACUACCUAAUAGUUGUUUCCCCUGUGUAAUUCUGCCGGCGCCUGAGUCCUCGAAUGUAAAGGAGGGGAAUGGGCUAUUACAGCAUAUAAAGUAGGAAUCAUUUUGGACUUUCAGCGAACCUAAUAAUGCAACAGCGGAGAG